UUUACCGCGAACGCGCAGGUCCUCCUACGCAACCCCCACCUCCCAACCCUGUCCCCUAGCGCAUCAUCACCACCGCCACCGAGAGCAACACGGAAGCGGCGUGAGAGGAGGAGGAGAGAGAGAUAUAGAGAGAGAAAGCACCAUGGCGUUGAUCCCAUCCCAGGUGCUUCGGGUCGCCAUCCUAUUGUCGUAUUUCUCCAUCUUGUGCAACUACAAGGCCAUCGACAUGCCGGCGCACCAGACGUACGGCGGGAGCUGGAAGUUCCUCACGUUUAUUGACUUGGUGAUCCAGGCGGUGUUCUUCGGCGUGUGCGUGCUGACCGACUUGUCGGGCAUGCUCACCAGAGGAGGUGACACCAGAGAGCAGGAGCAGCAGCUGAAGAAGUUGGUUGGCCUGAGAGACUGGAUGAUGGCCGUGCUGGCCUUCCCUGUCGGCGUGUGUGUUGUGACCAUGUUCUGGGCCCUCUACCUCUAUGACAGAGACCUGGUGUAUCCAAAGCUUCUGGACAGCUUUAUACCCCAGUGGCUCAACCACGGAAUGCACACCACGGUGCUCCCGUUCAUCAUCAUCGAGAUGCGGACCACCUACCACCACUACCCCAGCCGCUGCUGCGGCCUCGGCGCCGUCUUCUGCUUCACCGUGGGAUACGUGCUCUGGGUGUGCUGGGUGCACAGUGUGACGGGGGUGUGGGUGUACCCGCUGCUGGAGCGGCUGGGCUCUGUGUCCCGGCUCUUCUUCUUCUCCUGCCUGCCCCCCUCCUCUCCCUCUUCUACGUCCUGGGGGAGACCCUGAACAGCUACAUCUGGGACCACGCAUACUCAAAUAAAAUCAAAGCUGAAUGAUCAUUGGCCGCAACGCCCCGUGGAAUCAACAGAUCAUCCGAUCAAACCAAGGAUAAGAACUGCAAGUCCCGCCCCUCCUGGGCCCCAGAACAGCACAAAAGCCAACCGACCCUGUCAAUAAUGAACACUAAGUGAAAAAAAAACUGUCACCAAACCUUGCUGAAGGAAGAUAAAGGGUGUAAGGAUCAUCAUAACCAUCAUCGUUACCGUGGCAAACGCUGUGUUCACAGAGACAUCAGCAGGAGAAGAGCCUGGGUUUUCAUACGUACCCACACAAACAGACGCACACAUACACACACCAACGCACACAUAAUCAUAAACACAUGAUCCCAUACAGAGUAUUUAACGCCCUUCAGUAUCAAUAAGUAUUUACCCAUCUACAUACUGUCAGUUCUUUAUUAGCGUGCCGACAGUAGUAGUUCAUAGUAACAGCAUCAGGGAGCAUCUUAAUGUGAGGUCAUGUGAGGGACGCGCAACACGCCAGAUGGUCCCAUGCAUCAUGUGGAGUCUGAUGAAGACCCAGCUAAAGCACAAAAAUACAGACUACAGUUUACCACAAAGAUUGGAUGUAUUUUUAAUGCUGUUAUUGUAUUAUAAUUGUUACUAUUAAUGUUAUUAUUUUCCAUUAUAUAAUUAUUAUUAUUAUUCUUGACUACUAUUUGUAUUAAUUUCUAGUCUGGGGUUGAUCAAAUAAAUGUCUGUAUGACAUGUAGGAUAUGUAUGCGAUAUGUUAUGCUAUGAUUAUAUGACAUAAUAUGAUGUGAGCCAAUAAUUAUAUGAUUGUAACUGGACAAAUGUACACACACAGGGUGAUGACUAGGGCAGGGAGACGGGCAGACGGAUGGACAGACAGACCGCAAGAGAGAUGGGCAGGCAGACACACGAGCGGAGAGACCGAACGGCAGACAGACACGCAGAGAGUCAGGCAUACGGUCAGACAACUUGACACACAGGCGAAGGACAGACACACAGACAGUGUAUUUACUGAGAUGAAUCUGUGUGUGUUGAUAGUGGGGCCUCUGUCUGCCAGCUCUCACACACCACCUUAAUAAAAACUGGUGAGCUAAUCCACACACUC